ACAAGUCUUGUUGUUUUGAUUCUCACUUCUCUCAGUUCUCUCAAUGCAAAAGCUUAUGGACUUCUCCUACAACCUUACUUACUUCUGCAUGAAUUUUAAAAUUUCUGUAACAGACCAACAUGAUCUUGUCAACAACAGGAGGAUACAACAUUGGGGCUUUCUACAGUCUUGGAAAUCUGAGAAAUCCAUACAAAGGCAGGGAAAGUAAAAGAAUAUACAACUCAGAGCCUUUUAUUAAACCAGUAAUGUCCUUAAAGAAGAAAAUACUUCAGGUUUUGGACUAUCGUACAAGCAAGGGUCCACUAUUUCCUAAAGACCUGAGUUGGGACGGACUGAGGAAGAAUGUGCAGAUGCUCAUCACAGACAACAGCACAGGAAUCCUACUUCAGAAAAAAGAGUACAAGUUGCCACUCAUUAAAGAAGUUAAAAUUGAACAGAAGCCUGAUAAAGCAGGAAUCACCAACCAAACUAGUGGAAGAUUUAAUCCCUGUGUCACAGAGAUACAAGCAGGCAAAGAGUCGGGAGAUACAAGCAGUCAAGACAUACAAGUCAGGACAUUCAAGCAGAUUCCCAAAUCAGAAUGGGACUCCAUCAUAAGACCAUCAGCCAAAGUCAUUUUGGAUCCGAACACUGCAAAUCCCAAUCUCAAGAUAUCUAUGGAUGGACGCUCUGUGAGAACAAAGACCCACAAAGAGUUUCAUUCCAGCCAGAGUUUCUAUGAAUAUUCAAGAAAAAACAAACAUGAAUAUGAUGGAUGGAUAUGUGUCCAAGCUCAGGAGGGCUACACCAUAGGGAGGCAUUACUGGGAGGUGGAUGUAAAGGGAAAAUGUGAUUGGAGACUAGGUGUAGUGAAGGAGUCCGCUCCACGCAGAGGCUAUAUUAACCUGAACACAGAAGCAGGGUAUUGGACUCUGCGUCUGCAGUUGGGUUCGCUCAUGGCUCUGACCCAACCAGUCACCAAACUCAAUCAGGCACCGCCUUCUAAGAUAGGAGUGCAUCUAGAUAUGGAGGAAGGUCAGGUUUCUUUCUAUGAUGCAGUGAAAAGGAAAAAUAUUUACACAUUUAACGCAAAAUUCGAAAAGGAUGAGAAAAUUUAUCCUGUGUUUGGAACCGUAGAGACAGACAAUACUCUAAAGAUUAUCUAAACAAUGAUUAUUAACUUGCCUUUCCAUUAAUGCCACAAUGUUUCUCAUUGCUGUUGCUAGACUAAAUGAAAUUUACAUACAGUAGUACAUUUGCACAGCUUAAUGCUCAGAAACUGACCCAACUCAUACUGUUGAGGAAUACUUUUAGAUUAUAUAUUUACACUUACUGUUGACUUUAAUAAGAACACCUGUACAGCUUACCCAACCAGUUAAUCAUGUGGCAACGGCACAACGCAAACAAUCUUGCAUAAACAGAUCACAAGCUUCAGUUAAUGUACAGCACACGGCAAACAGGGAUGGGGAAUAGGGAAGUGUCAUCACUGUGACUUUAUCCGUGGCUUGGUUGUUGGUACCAAGUAGGAUGAUUUGAGUAUUUUAGAAACAGAUGAUCUCAUGUUGUUUUUACCCACAACAGUCUCUGGACUUUACCCAAAAUGGUGCAACAAACCAAAACAUCUUAUGAGCAAAUGGUUGGCAGCCAGGAAAUACCUUAUUGAUGAGAGAGAUAAGAGGAGCAUGACCAGUCAGGUCUGAACUGGCGGGAAGUCUGUAGUAACUCUUUAACAAGGACAGUAAAAAAAUCAUCUCACACUCAACACAACAACAUCAGAACAUCAGGUUCCACUCCAGGCCCCAAAUUCUAGCACUUUUUACAGGAGUGGAAAAUAAUUUGGUCUUCUUCUGUUGUAGCCCAUCCACUUUAAAGUUUAAUGUUUUGUGCAUGUUAAGAUGUUUUCUACUCACCACAGUUUAAAAGAGUGAUUGGAUGAGUUACUGUAAAUUUCCAGGCAGGAUCUGAAAAUGUAUCUACAUACUGUAAUUACCUAUAGAACUGUAAUUCAGUUUAUACAUUUUUCUGAGUUAUUUGUUGUGAGUAAAAUAUCCAAGGAGAUUAAGCACAAAUACAGGUUUAUUAUUAUAACUUUUUUU